UAUGCUCAAUUUCGGUGUGUAAAAAAAUUGAAAUUAAAAUAAAUUUGUUGACAAAGUCUUGCUUUAGUUGACGUAAAUAAGGACUUUGAUCUCAUAUAACUCAAUUCCAAAUAUAAAUUAGUUAGUGUUAUUGUAUCAAUUUUGUCGAUUCAAUAACAAAUGUGAAAUUCAAAUGUUUUGAAUUUUCUUUGUGAACAUCAACCGUUUUUGAAAUAAAUAAGAAUUUAGCUAUUGUAAUUAAGAAUGGGUUUAAUUACAAUGAUUUUGAUGAUGCCAUUUGAGAUGAUGCGUGGUUACUUUGUUCAGCCAGUACUGGAUCGAAUGCAGCACACCUACGAUGACUAUCGAAAUCGCACAACACAAGGAGUGAUUUCAGCUAGCGAAGUGAUGAUUAAAUUGGCAAUUCUUGCAUUGGCUGCUGCUGUUAUCAUUUGGAUGGCUGUUUUUAUGUACAUUGCAUUUUAUUACACAUAUUUACCAAUCAUCGCUCAUACACGUCCAGUUCACAUGCAAUUCAAGCCAUGUGAUGAAAUCAUUGGACCAUGUUCGUUUCCGCAGGCUCAUGUUCUUUUAACAAAGAAACAGCAAUUGCUCAUGGUCGGUCAACCGUAUCGUAUAUCAAUAAACAUAAAUAUGCCGGAAAGCGAACAAAAUUUACGGCUGGGAAUGUUUAUGGUGUGUGCUGAAAUGCGCGAUAAAGGAAAUCAAAUGCGGAAUCACGCAUGUCGUUCGACCAUGCUUCAUUACCGGUCAGAUUUGGCGCGUACAAUAUCAACUUUGGUGAUGAGUCCGCUGAUUAUAUUUGGUUUCAAAGAGGAAAUACAACAAAUCGCAGUUGAAGUGUUUUCAAGCUACGAAGAUGAUCAAGAAAAUCCAGUUACAGAUGUUUUCGUGGAAAUUCAAUCGAAGCAAAUUCAAUUCUAUUCGGUUACACUACAUAUAACUGCACAUUUUUCUGGUCUACGGUAUAUUAUGUUUCAUUGGCCAAUACUCUCUGCUUCAAUAGGAAUUGGCGUAAAUCUCUUUUUCAUCAUGACAAUCAGUUUAUUGAGCUGGUAUCAUUGGUAUUGGACGAAUUCAGUGUGGAUGGAGCAAACACGUGAAAACCUUCGCCAACGAUCUGAAGAGAGUCGUCGAAAGCGUGCCGAACUUAUUUCGCGCAGCAUCGAGGAGAAAAUAUUCCCAGACGAUGAGGAAAUAAGUAUUCUUGAAGAGAAACCAAUACAAAGAUCAAUAGACGAUGACAGUGACAUUGAAGAGUUCGAAUCCGGCUGGAGCGAAAGUACUGAAAUUAAAUCCAUUGAAACUACUUCCAAUUAAAUGCACAAACUUGGCAGUAAGAAAAUGGCCCAUUGAUUAGCGUAUCCAUGAGAAUAAUUUAGUGUAUGCUGCAGGCUGUGCCAUAUUAUGGUAUUUCCAUACUGCAAUCAAAUAUUGCAUUCAAUUGGCAAAAAUAAAAUGCCAAAUUAUAGCAGAUAAGAUAGAAGUACUUAAAUUGGUAAUAUACCAAACAAAACAAUUUUUUAUUAAUUUUUUUUCUGUAUUAAUUUAUGGUGUGAUCGUUGUCAUUCUUCUUUUGAAUUGUUUAUUUUUUAUACAAUUUACACAUUUUUUUGAUAUAAAAUACAAAUAUUUUGGUAUUCGAUAUGUA